AUCCGGUUCCAUUUGAAGUUUAGGCACGAAGGAUGGCCACAUUGGUGGAAACAAUUUCCGAAAUUCUAUAUUUUAUGUGGGAAUAAACGUCAUUUCGCAAAAUGAUCGCGCUAUCGCUAAGUCUGCCCAUAUUCCUGCAACUUUAUAUCACCGGCAACACACAUGCUGUUCAGUGUUAUAACUGCACUGAUAUCGCUGAUGUUAGCAAAUGUUUGACAAUAACUGAAUGCCGUGCCAGUCAGUCCUGUUACAUGGAAUUUAAAGCAUCUGGACAAACAAAAACCCUUGGAUGUACAGAUAAUCAGCAAUGUGGUGUUACCGGGGAUGUUGCUGGUAGUUUGGUUGGUAGAGACCUGAGUGGAAGGCAAGAACCCGACUGUCAUGAAUGUUGUAGUACAGACAAAUGUAAUAGAAACCUCUGCGAGCACCUGAAACCUGGAACAUGCACUGACGACGUGAAAGUUGAUUGCGCUUGGAUGAAUUCUUUUUUUAAUAUAUGCAAGGAUAUUCAUCGUGCAAAAUUAAUCUGUCCCAAGUUCUGUGUUCUCUGCUCAUUGGUUGAUGGAAACUGGGCUAGCUGGUCUCCCUGGACGCCUUGUGAUGUAACAUGUGAAAACGGGACUCAGACUAGAACACGGACAUGUACUGACCCUGCCCCGGCGCAUGGCGGACUUGAUUGCAUCGGAUCUAGCACAGACACUAAACCAUGCUUAAAGCAACUUUGUCCAGUACAUGGGGGUUGGACUAAAUGGUCGAACUGGGACGCAUGUUCAGUGACAUGUGGUGUGGGGAUAGAAAAACGGCAUCGAAACUGCUCGAACCCUGUGCCUGACAGAAACGGGCACCAAUGUUUCGGGGACACACUGGAUGCGAGAAUAUGUUUACCAGGUCUAUGUGCAAAUGGCGGUUGGUCUGACUGGGGACAGUGGAGCACGUGUUCUGUGACAUGUGGAUAUGGUAUGCAGUCUAGAUCACGAACAUGUACAAAUCCUCGACCCUCGCCUCAAGGGAAAUACUGUGAUGGAGACCCGUUAGAAAAUGUUUUGUGUAGAAAAGAUGGCUGUAUCCCAAAUAUUGUGUUCAACGCUAAAGGUGUGACCGAUAUAAGUCCUACCAGCGGACAAACGAUGAUCUUUGGAACUACACUAGUGAACGAAGGACACGCCUACAACACCUCGACUGGAAUCUUCACAGCACCUGCUAAUGGCACUUACACUUUCAGUACACAGUUUUGUGUUUAUUCUCAAGAAGCAUUAUAUAUAGCUAUUGUAGUAGACGGAGUUGCCUAUGCUACUAUGUAUGCAUAUGACAAAGACUCGGACCCAUGUAACACAGCUGAUACAGUAGCUGUGCUUCAUGCACAGUCAAAAGUAUGGGUCAAAUGUACUUGGGCUUCCGCAGGAGCUGUUGUCCAUGAAUAUAGUGAUCGAAUGAACUCUUUCUCUGGAUAUCUUGUACAUCGAUAGAUUUCUAAACUAUGUCUACCGGUUAUCAUUUUCAAAGCAUGCUAUAAUUAAACUAGAAUAUGGCUUUAAAAUGGAUAGUCAUUAUA